GUUAACUGGGUUUUACACAACUUCCUCAUGUCUUCAUCAGUAUCACUUCAUUACCAACUAUAUGACCUGGACUGAUGCCCAGAGUUACUGCAGAGAGAAAUACACUGAUCUGGCUACAGUAGAUGAUAUGGAGGACCUGAACAAGCUGAUAACUUGUGUCAAUGAUUAUAAAUUAUGGUACUGGAUUGGACUGAAGAAGGGAGACUCAAUGAAGUGGCACUGGUCUCUGGCAGACAGAUGUUUCUACAGAAACGGGGAGACUGAGUUCAGAAACUGGGACACUGGGACACCCCAAAAUGGUAACUGUGCUUUAAUGAGUACAGCUGGGCUGUGGAACAACACCUCCUGUGAUGACCAGCAUCACUUCAUCUGUUAUGAUGGAAAACAAGUCACCAACCUAACAUACGUCUUAAUUCAGGAGAACAAGACCUGGAUAGAUGCUCAGAGUUACUGCAGACAGCAUCACACAGACCUGGUCAGUGUGAGGAACCAGACUGAGAACACAGAGAUAGAGAAGAAGAUAUCACUGAGGGGACUUCCUGUGUGGAACGGUCUGUUUCUAGACUCCUGGAUAUGGUCAGACCAGAGUGACUCUCAUUCAGAAAAUGGCAGUCAGGAUAUCCUGUAAGAAAUGAGGAAGACCUGUGGUGGCCAUAAUUUUUUUGUAUAUGAGAGAAGAGGAAACUGCUCUCUGGUGAAUUCUUAUCCUAAUCGUUAUGAUCCUACUAAAUGGAUGAAUCAUCCCUGUGAGUUAACUCACCCUUUCAUCUGCUAUGGUAAAUUACCGUAUUCUCCACCUGAUCUACCUGAUAUUAUGAUGACAGGAGAACUCUAAUGUUGCCCUGCUCUACUGUCAUUGUGGGAUUGUAUUCUCUUGUAGGACCAGCUGUGGAGACCCCUGAGAAACUCCAACUGAAGAGACAGUUGGUGAGAGUGAAGAUGACCCCAACGGAUCAAUAUCUGAACCUCAGUGAUCCUGCUCUUCAGGACUCCAUCUUACAACAGCUGAGUUUCACCCUGUUCAUGAAUAACCAACUCAGUAAUAAUACAAACUGUAGAGAUCUCUUCUCUGGUCUGGGUCCUAGUCUGUUGUGGAUGAUCUCCUCUCUGAUCUGGGUCCUAGUCUGUUGUGGAUGACCUUCUCUCAUGGCCAUUACCCUGCUCUCCGAGGGUUCUCAGGGAGAGUGGGUUGUCCAAUUCACACAUGCUUAUUAAAACACAGUUUUACAUAUGUGAAAUAGGACAAAUAUAAGCAUCAUCUCCUCAUAGAGUCAUAUGAUUGAAGUGAAGAAUGUCUCAGUACAGCAGGAAGGAAUGGUAGUUGUAGAUCUUCAGAAUAACUAAUACAGAGUGAAAUAUUGUGGGUCUUUGUAUGUGUGUGUUUCUAUAGAUAAGGAACAAGCUGAAGGAUCAGGGGUUACCUGCAUGCACCAAAGUGAUGUGGAAAAAACAGAAAGAUGGGAAGGUCUUCCUCAAGGAGAAAGUGGGGUCUCACAAGAAAGAAGAA